AUGCCAAACAACGAUAUAGUUUCGCAGACGAUCACGCAGAACACUCGGGAUGUCUCCCCGGCUUCCAUUCUUGAGGACGGGGUCGAAUGGAAAAUUAUAGACCACGAAACGGAAACACGGAAUGACGUUGAGAUCAUCACGGUAGAGCCCAAUGUCCAAGGUCCCUACGUCCUCCUCAGGGUCGAGUUCAAGAAGCCCAACUCCCGCCAUGCUCUGGUUCAUUGGUUCACUGAGCGCGAUAUUCACCUAAAGAAUGAGAAGAAAGUGCUAUCGUACUGGCAAAAGCAAGGAGGUCGCCAGAACGCCGUAGAGCUGCCUUCAGAUGUUGUACAUCUUCUGCGCAUUACCAAAGAAAAGGAUCUACAGAAGGAUCAGGGAUAUGGAACGAAAAAAUACCUUGUCCAGUUUGUAGGAUGCCCAGCGAGUCAGUCGGAGUGGUGGUGGGCUUCUACAGUCAAGGAAACGUAUAUUGAACUCUACGAAGAAUGGGUCUCUCGUGCGGGCGCCUCUAACUGA